CUAACUUUUUCGUUUCUGUUGUGUAUUAGGUCAUAUCUUGAACGUUGUCUUUUUUUUUCUUAUAGAAAGGAACCAGAGCUCAUCAGAGAAAUUCUUGAAACGGUACGAAAUGAAGUCGGUCCUUUAUCAUUGGAGCCUGAAGAAAACCUGGUUGAAGUUAAUUCCAAACUGAAGCGACUAGAUGUGCUUUUAGAGCUAGAGUCAAAUGAUGUUCUCUUUAUAGGGAUAUGGGGGAUGAGCGGGAUAGGUAAGACAACCAUUGCCAAGGCAUCUUAUAAGAGGAUUUGUCACAAAUUUGAAGUCAAAAGCUUUCAAGAAAGAGUUAGAUAGGACUCGAAGGCACACUGUCUGGCUGGUGUACAGAGGAAGCUUUCCAGUAGCCUUAUGAAUAGAAAUAUACAGGACUGGAACGUCUGUGAAACCGCCAGAAUGAGAUACUUCUUACUUCAGAUAAAGGUUCUCCUCAUUCUUGACGACGUGGACGAUAGUAGUCAGUUAGAAAAGCUUUGUGGAAACCCAGCUUGGUUUUGUCAAGGGAGUAGAAUCAUUGUUACGACUAUAGAUGAACAGUUGCUAAUAUCACAGGGUGUAGAAAGAAGAUUUAAGGUGCCGGAGUUGAGUCAUGUUGGCGCUCUUAAACUUUUUAGCUUGAAAGCCUUGAACAGAGAUAAUCCGCCUAAUAGUCAUAUGGAUCUGUCUAAAAGUUUUGUGAAUUAUGCCAGUGGCGUUCCAUUUGCUCUUGAGGUCUUGGGGUUAUCUUUGAAUGGAAGAGAUCUAGAUGCAUGGCGUGGUCAAUUGCAUAAACUAGGGGAUGAUUUCAUAUUUAAAGAAAAAAUUAUGAAGAUUUUUAAAAUAAUUUACGAGGGAUUAGAUAUGCAUGAGAAGGAUAUUUUCCUUGACAUCGCAUGUUCAUUUAAAGGAGAGUACAAAGAUCGACUAGUUGAAAUUCUAGAUGGUUGUGGUUUUAAUCCAGGUAGCGGCAUGAAUGUCUUUAUGAAGAAGUAUCUGAUAACAAUUUCAGAUAACAUGGUGUGGAUGAAUGAUUUGUAACAAAAAAUGGGUCAAGCAGUUGUUGGUCAACAAUCUAAAGAACCUGGUGGACGAAGCAGAUUAUGGCUCUCUAAGGACAUCUUUCAUGUUUUGAAGGAAAAAACAGGGACACCAACUGUUGAAGGCAUUGUCCUAGACUUGCUUGAAACAAAAGAGGUCGAAUGCCAUCCUGAAGCUUUUUAUCAGAUGGUUAAUCUUAGAUUGCUCAAAGUCCAUAACGUGCGCCUUCCUGAAGGCCUCAACCGUCUCCCUAAUUCCUUGAGAUUUCUUGAAUGGGGAGGUUAUCCUCUACAAUAUCUCCCAUCAGGAUUCGACCCGGAUGAGCUUGUUGAACUUAGCAUGUGUCAUAGUAGAAUUGAACAGCUCUGGAACGGAAAAAAGAAUUUUGACAAGUUAAAAAUCAUUACAGUUAGUCAUUCCAAAAGUUUGACUAGAACCCCUGAUUUUGAGGGGAUUCAGAAUCUUGAGGGAUUAGAUCUUGAGGGAUGCGAAAGUCUGGUUGAGAUUCACUUUUCCAUAGGAACUCUCAAAAAGCUUUCUUUCUUGACCCUUAAAGAUUGCGAAAGUCUCGAGCUUCUUCCGGAUGAGAUUGAAAUGGAGCACCUUGAAGUUCUAGUUCUUUCUGGCUGCUCAAGCAUUAAAAGGAUACCGAAUUUUGUGGAACCUAUGGAGCAUUUACGGAAGCUUUCUUUAGAUGGGACCGGUGAAAGUAUACUUUCAUCAGUUGAACAUCUAACUAGUCUUUCUUUAUUGGACUUGAGAGAUUGCAAAAAUCUGAAAUGUCUUCCUAGUGCCAUUGGAAAUUUGAGGGCUGUUAAAAGUUUUUGAUGUGUCUGGAUGCUCAAAUCUUUUGCCAAAUUGCCAGAAAGCCUCGGGAAAUUAGAGUUUGUGGAGAAGAUUAAUUUAAGUGGAACUGGUAUAAAGGAAUGCCCAUAUCCAUUGCCCUGCUGAAAAACCUUAAAGCAUUGAUCUUUCGUGGAAUGGAAGGGCCAUCACGACGACCAUGGUGUACGUCGCUCCCUUUUAGAUUAAUGCCAACAGGGAGCCUUCAUCAUUCCAUCAGUUUUUGUUCUUUAAUGGAAUUAGACUUAAGUGGUCACAAUCUUUGUGAAGGAGCAAUCCCCAAUGAUAUUGGCUGCUUAUCGUCUUUGGUAUCAUUGAACUUAAGUGGAAACAAUUUUGUUAGUCUUCCUACAAGCAUUAGCCAACUCUCUAAGCUCGAGAAUUUAUACUUGAGUCGUUGCAGGAAGCUUCAACACCUUCCAGUUCUUUCAUCAGGUGUAGAUUUACAAGUAACUGCAAAUGAUUGUACUAAACUGUAAACGCUGGAAUGUCCCUCAAAUUUGGGCAGAUUGAAUUUGUCAUUCUUCAAUUUCAUCAAUUGCUUUGGAAUGCUUGAGAAAGAAUGCUACAAUCAUAUUACAUUUACUGUGCUCCAAAGAUAUCUUAAGGGAGUCCCUUAUGCAGAAGAUGGAUAUGAAAUUGUGAUGCCUGGAAAGGAAAUUCCUGGGUGGUUCACUCAUCAAAGGAUGGGACCAGAAGUCAGCGUCGACCUAACUCCACAAUGGCGUUAAACAAGAUGAUGGGAUAUUCUCUGUGCGCUGUAUUUGAAGUUUAUGGGAGCGGAUGGGAGCUUUCUGGUGUUUUGGAAGUCAAUGGAAAGGAAGUGUACCCUGCGCCUCUACUUUCUUCGGAUGUCCAGCCCGUCUCAGAUCAUAUUUGGCUACUCUGUGUGUCUCGUAAUAUAAGCGUUGGUUACAGUUGCAAUCAGUUAAAUUUUCAUUUCAAAAGCUCAGGCCCCUGCUUGGUGAAGAAUUGCGGCAGUCUUUUGGUGUAAGAGAGCGAUGUGGAAGAGUUGGACGACAUAGUGUAGCAAACGGAGGAGGACCUGGUGGAAGUGGUAGAUUGAGGGGUACGCUGGUCGGCUUCGCGAAUACGUUUGGGUUCCAUCCGUCAUUUCUAAUAGCAAAGCAAUGAAGAUGGAUGCUAAAGGUGUCGUGUCUUUGUUUCUCUCCUGAAAGGUGAGAGUUACUCUCUGCGUGAGAGGUCUUCUCACUGGGUUUUGAGUGGUAAAAAUUCCGACGGAUCGCUUGGUUGCCGGCCUUAGCAGUGGUCAGGGUCGGCGGCAACCCCCUUUUCGUUGUUUUUUUUUUAUUAUUAUUUAUUUUUAUCUGUGUUUCUCCUGUUUUCCCGUUAGUUUUUCACUACCAUCCCAUCCCCUUACGCCCUUGAUCGGUAAGCCUCAAAUUCCGACCACCCCCUUCAUCUUCUUCCUGCUAUUUUUUCACCUACAUGGUUCUAGUCAAUCAAUCUUCUUUUAAGAAUUGUGCUCGAUAGUUUGAGCGUAUUAUAUUAAUGUUUAUAUAGAGAUUACAAGUAGAAUUUGAGUGAAGAACAAACUCUUCAAA